GAGAUGGGAGCAGUCGCUCAGCCGCUCGCUAUCGCCUGGCACGCUGCCAAGCGAGCUGAACUCGGAUGUAACGUGCUCGUCAUGGGCGCGGGUCUGGUAAGCCGCUCCGGCUGUUCGUCGCGUCCAACCCACGGCCUCACCUGCUCUCGCUCAGAUCGCGCUCAUGACCGUAGCCAGCAUCAAGUGCUCGGCCGCGAGUUCGGCGCGACGGUGCUCGACGUGCGCGCGCCCGGGUUCGACCUCGCUGUGACGAAGGCGGCGACGGCAGCGUACGGCGCGGACGUCGUCUUCGACUGCGUCGGCACGCAGGCGUCGCUCGCGGCGGUGCGCCGCCGCGGGAAUAUCAUGAACCUCGCGGCGUGGAAGGUGAAACCGGUCGUGGACAUGCUCAAGCUGGUGCUCAGUGAGGUGUCGAUCAUCAGUGCGUGUGGUUUGUUGCUCGGCAUGUGCGGCGUGACCGCUGACGAUGAAUUUCGGUUCGUUGGGCUUGAGGAUAUCAUCACGAGGAGGAUCGGGCUCGAAGAGCCUGUAGAGAAGGGUAUCAAGGGGUAUAUACACGAAAAGAACGAGAUGAGUACGUGGCUUACACAUCGUCUUGCAUGA